CCACCUCUGCUGCAGAAAUGUGUCAGAGAAAAGACAAACUAUUUAUGUUGGCCUCAGGGUUGAAAGCUGCACACGCGCGCGCAACUCCGCGCGCAAAAGCUUCCGGAAAAUUAAGCGCUUGAUUUGAUUAUUCCAAGAAACCGCCUCUGACAGUCUGUGGGAUUGCCCUGUGUUUCUUUUAUGCAGAAUCUAAAUAUAAAUCGGUGACAAAUAGUCCAAAUACAGUAGCAACCCAACUGUGAUGUGGGGGUGGUGCUGAGAGAACAGCUCCGUCUCCAAAGUUCCCCCCCCCUCCCCUCCUCUGUUGGAUCCGGAAUCCGCCAGGAGAAGGUCGCAGAGAGUCUCAGCUCCCACCUGCAUUUGGAUGAUAUUUUUUUUUGUCUUUAUUAUCAUGAAGAGACAAAACGCCAGGACUCUCGCCCUCAUCAUCAGCAUCCUCACCUACCUGGUGGUCGGAGCGGCCGUCUUCGAGACCCUGGAGUCCAAACAGGAGAAGAGUCACAAGAGGAAGCUCGAUGCAAGGAAGUACGAACUCAUGCGCAAAUACAACUUGACCAAAGAGAACUUCGAGGAGCUGGAGCACGUCGUGUUACAGCUCAAACCUCACAAAGCAGGGGUCCAGUGGAAAUUUGCUGGGUCCUUCUACUUCGCAAUCACUGUGAUUACGACAAUAGGUUACGGCCAUGCAGCGCCCAGCUCCGACUCAGGGAAAGUGUUCUGCAUGUUCUACGCCCUCCUGGGGAUCCCGCUCACCCUAGUCAUGUUCCAAAGCCUGGGUGAGCGGAUCAACACGUUCGUCAGGUACCUGCUGCACCAAGCCAAGAAGUGCCUGGGAAUGCGUCAGACUGAGGUCUCCAUGGCAAACAUGGUGACGGUGGGCUUCUUCUCUUGCAUGAGCACCCUGUGCGUGGGGGCUGUGGCAUUCUCCCACUGUGAGGGAUGGAGCUUCCUCCACGCCUUUUACUACUGUUUCAUUACGCUCACCACUAUCGGGUUUGGAGACUAUGUGGCACUGCAGAGGGACGACGCCCUGCAGAAUGACCCACGGUAUGUGGCUUUCUGCUUUGUCUACAUCCUGAUGGGCCUGACGGUGAUCGGAGCGUUCCUAAACCUGGUGGUGCUUCGCUUCUUGACCAUGAACACUGAGGACGAGCGGAGGGACGCCAAACAGAGGGCCUUGAUGUCUGUCAGUAAACCCAGAGGAGAGGUGGCUUGCCUAAUACCAAUAUCAGCCUCAACCUCUUCCACACCUGUAGCAGACGGCACUACAAAGGCUAAAGAAUUAAAAGGUGUCUACACUGAGGUGCUGCAUUUUCAGACUAUAUGCUCCUGCUUGUGGUACCGGAGCAAGGAGAAGCUACAGGGCUCCAUACCCACUAUGAUGCCUCAAGAGCUGACGUUCUCUGAUCCCUACUUGCAGCAGAACAGUAACUGCCCUCACUACAUGGAGCCUGGUUCGACAGGCUGCGUUUGCAGUCCACGUCAGUGUUCGAGCAUAAGCUCCAUAACAACGGGCCUACACAUUCUCUCUCCGUUCAGGGUGUUUAAGAGACGCAGCUCCGUCUAGCCUUUCAAUACAGCAGAUUUCAGUACAGCACAAUGCAUCUAUGCUGCCACGUGGACAACAGAUACUUGGCAGUCCUCACAGAAAAGACAUGACUGCAAGUAGAUGUUUGUGGUGCUAUAAUCACAGUAAACCAACAGUAGGGCACACAAAAGGGAAAAGUACUAUAAAAAGCAAAGUCUUACUCAAAUAUGUAUUUGAGAAAGCACAGCAUGCAAUGUUUUGACUUGAGGUCUUAUCCUGUGCAGGAAGUCAUCUGGGUCCCUAUACUUGAACACAUGAACACGCUGCAGUACAUGUGGUGUACAGUGUACACAGUGCUGGUGCUGCAGAAGGAAAGGAGGUUCAGGUCGAGUCAAUUGAGCAAUGGCACAAUAAAAUAACUGAAACCUCUUAGACAACAGCUCUGCAGUAAAUUCCAGUUUUGUGUUGUUUAUAUUUUUUGUGUUUAUCAAUAAUCUCAGAGGUGCUGAUUCAGCUCAGGGGGGUAUGUCUUAAACUUGUUGUUUGUAGUGUUGUUUUCCUGUGUUAGGAGUUUAUCUUGACGAUUUUGUUAGACAUUUCCCAUCCUAUUAUCUGUGACUGAUGCAGCACCAAUUGAGACAACUUUCGGGCCUCAUAUAGGUUGCCUUGUGUUGCCCUAAAAACAUAUCCAAACAAAUCGUGAUUGUCAGAAUUUUAUUAAAGCUGGCACACACUGAUGACUCGAUAUGACUCAUUCCCUGUGUAGCUGCGUCUGUUGUUGUGAUUUUCCGUGCUCUCUGCUCAAAUUGCUGGUGCAUCAGUCACAAACCCUGCAAAAUUAUGUAACGUCGCAAGUGGAGAAGUUCAAAAAAUCACGAUGACAUAUCCCAAACACUGUAAAACUGCAUUAGGAAAGAAGUACAGUAAUCUCAAGUAGAUACUCACCAACACUGACUGAAACACACUUCACUGGAUUUGUUUAACAACACUACAACGCACUGUGUUAAAAAUGACCAUUGGGUUAGGGGUCAACAACUCUGACAUUCUCAUCAAUAACUGAACAUGAUUUGCUUUACCAGCCUGGUAUUCACUGCAGGGUUACUGUAUUGUAAGGUGUUUCCGUUACUUUGUCCACCCCUGUUGCUGAUGUUUGGUUUCAUUUGUUUGGCACUGCUGGGUCCAGAAGUCAGUCCAGAGCAGCUGCUGGUCUGCUUCAUGGUAUUUACAAUGUGAUGCUUCAGGAACCAGAGAAGGUACACACCAAGGUACUUGUGAAGUACAAUUGUUGCACUAUGAAACGAAUAAUUCAGAUCAGAUUAGAUGAGAAGAGCAAUACCACUGCCAAGUCUGAACGCUAAAUAUGACUUAAACAAGAAGAUUGAUACUACUCUGACUUCGUAUGAUAAAUAUGUAACUUGUGAGCUUGUUACCUGGAGCCAGCUAGCACCUAGUCUGGCUUUAACAUGUUAUGUCUUGUGUAAAAAUGACAAAGGUUUAACACACUUUCAUAGGUUUAAGAUGAGAUUCAGUUCACUUGUGAGCAUAAGAGAAGCUGGGAGGCAGAUGUUUUAACUUUGGAUGGAGCCAAGCUAUUUGUUUCGCCCUGCUUCCAGUCUUUAUGCUAAGCUAGGCUAACCCAGCUUCCUGACUCCAGCUCCAUAAUUAACACACAGACAUAAGAGAGCUAUCAGUAUUUUAAUCUAACUCGGCAAGAAAACAAACGUUAGAAUUAUAUAAUUAUCAUUUUAAAGCUAACUGUCAAUGAUCAUGAUUAUCUAUCAAAGUACAUGUUUGCUAUGUGAAUGUACUAUAUUUCUCUCCACUCUGCUCUUCUGACCUGAAGGACCAUGAGGUUUCAUUGAAGUCACUUCAGCUAUUCACAUAUAAAGUGCGCAGAGCCGUCCAAAUCACGUCUGGAUCAAUCUGUAGAUGCAAACUAUUUUUAACAGCAGUUUGGAGUGGCAGAUGGGAGGGGGUUUCUGUGUUUGUACAAUGGAUAAUAAGCUAGUUGUCAAUCACAGACAAGAAUGCCACAAGAGACUUAGUCUCUCUGAUUGAUGGAAAAGGAGAAAAAAAUCCACCCUCAGAUACUAUUCCUUGUAUUUCUGGGCCUAUUUUAGGAUUUAGUGGUGUAUUUUUUUCUGUAGGAGACAUGAUGUGACGUCACUUUAAGUUUAUUUCUGGCAGCUGCAAAUGAGUUUUGGGGAUUUGAUAUAUUUUUAAUCUACAAUUCAAAAAUCAUACGGUGAGACAUCCAUCAUAGAUGAUGCAGAGAAACACCAGCAGUAGCCUUUUGUAGAUCACACAAGUCUCACAUUUUCUUCACUGGAAAACCUUUCACUAUGUUAUCACUUUGUCCACCACUUGCAACCAACAGUUAGGGACAGCAAUCUUUUUACCUGUUCGCUUGGGUUGGUGAAAGGCAUUAUUGGAAAUGUAGGAAAUAUCACUCUUGAAAUAAAUCAAACAUCACAGAUCGGUGAUAUUCUGAAUAUCUCAAGGUGCAUUUUUUUACUUUUUACUUUUUACUUUCUGGCAUAUAUUGUUUUGCCUUGUUGGGUGAAAAUACCACCCAUGCAACACACAAUGGACGUAAAAAUGAGUACCCAAAAUUGCUUGCAAAUACUAUAUUGAUCCAGGUGGGUGUCUUUUGAGAAACUGGUCUUAUCUAGGUUAGGGAAAUGGACUUUUUGUGAUGGACUGUAACGUACAGAAAUGCAUAAGUACUAUUUGCCCAUGAUAAUGAAAGAAAAGGGAUGUUUAUGACGCUUCCUGCUUUUGACUUGCUUUUAACAUUAAGUGACACAGAAAACAGCCUUCUGUAUAUUUAAUGCAAGUACUGUAUUAGCUUUAAAAUAGCACUACAUCAUGUUACACUAGCAUAAACAGGCUGUUCUGUUUUUUGCUUGGAAAAUAAAAUGUUUUUUUAAAAAGAUGACUGGGAGCAAGUAGUACUUGAACACACAACUAGUACUUGAAAUAAUUGUAAGAACAUUAUUUAUCUUGCCAAGGGGUGUGUGUACAGUUGAGACUAUUACAAGAUAAAUCAUGCACAUCACAUCUAGUUAAAAACAAUGUUGUACAAUUUUAAGUAUAGAAAAGAACAUCCACAGAAAACAUUAAAAACAUGGAUAUUUUAUCCAAAAACUCCAAAAGCUUUUGAGUUUUACUGUUGUUUCACUGACUGUCCUGAUAAUUAGAUAACAACCUUAAAUUAAUUAUAAUUUACAGAGAAAUUUUACAACAUAAAUUUCUGUAUACAGUACACUGCUAAGUACUGCUAAGUAAGUACUAAGAUGUAGUCGUGAGAUCUCCAUCUCCAUGCUGUUUCUCAACAUGUUAUGUGUGAGAAAAGCCUGCUGAAUGUAUAGAAAUGAAUGUUUGGUCCAGAUGGUUUCCCCCUGGGAAUUCUGACUGAAGUCCAGUUCCGGACAACCUACAGCAUUUUAGUCACGAGCAGAAAGUAUGGUGUUGUAUCAUUGUGUCAUCAUUUGUGGCAGUAUGUAUAUUUGUUUUAUCCAACUCA